AACCAGGAAACAAAAUCUUCACACUGUAAAAUGGCAGAAGCUGGUAUUUUGGUAGUUCAGGAUGAGUUCAGCUGUUCAGUCUGCCAGGAUCUCCUGAAGAAUCCAGUGGCUAUUCCCUGUGGACACAGUUUCUGUAUGGUGUGUAUUAAUGGGUGCUGGGAUGAGGAGGAUCAGAAGAAGAUCUACAGCUGCCCUCACUGCAGACACACCUUCACCUCAAGACCUGUUGUGAGUAAGAACACCAUGCUGGCUGAGGGGAUGGAGAAACUGAAGAAGACGAGACUCCAGGCUGCUCCUCCUGAUCACUCUUCUGCUGAUCCUGAAGAUGUGGAGUGUGAUUUCUGUACUGGGAGAAAACACAAAGCCGUCCAGUCCUGCCUGGUGUGUCUGGCCUCUUUCUGUGAAGCUCACCUCCAGCCUCACUACCAAUCUCCAGCCUUUAAGAAGCACAAGCUGGUCAAAGCCUCCAGACGACUCCAGGAGCAGAUCUGCUCUCAGCACGAUAAACUGCUGGAGGUUUACUGUUGCACUGACCAGCAGUGUAUCUGCAUGCUGUGUAUGCUGGAUGACCAUAGAGGACAUGAUACAGUGUCACUUGCAGCAGAAAGAUCUGAGAAACAGAAGCAGGUGGUGGAAACACAGAGUAAAUACAAGGAGAGAAUCCAGGAGAGAGAGAAGGAGCUUCAGGAGUUAAUAGAAGCUGUGGAGAAUCACAAGCGCUCUGCUCAGACAGCAGUGGAGGACAGUGAGAAGAUCUUCACUGAGAUGAUCCUCUCCAUUGAGAGAAGACGCUCUGAGGUGAUGCAGAUGAUCAGAGAUCAGGAGAAAGCUGCAGUGAGUGAAGCUGAAGAACGUCUGAAGAGACUGGAGCAGGAGAUCACAGAGCUGAAGAGGAGAGAUGCUGAUCUGGAGAAGCUUUCAUUCACAGAGGAUCACAUCCAUUUCCUCCAGAGUUUUCAGACUCUCUCAGCUCCUCCUGGAUCUUCAGCAUCACCUGCUUUUACUCUCAGUCCUCUCAACACUUUUGAAGUUGUUAUGAAGUCUGUUUCUCAGCUGAGAGUAAAACUAGACAAAUUCUGGAAAAAGGAAUUUGAGAAGACAUCAGCUGCAGUGAAGGAAGUGCAGAUCAUUCUUCCUCCUGAACCCCAAAGCAGAGAAGAGUUUCUGGAGUAUUCCUGUCAGCUCACACUGGAUCCAAACACAGCCAAUAAACUCCUCCUCCUGUCUGAGAGGAACACAGUGGUGACCUGCAGCACCACAGUCCAGCCAUAUCCUGCCCAUCCAGACAGAUUUGAUAGAUGGAUUCAGGUUCUGUGUAGAGAGAGUAUGAGUGGACGCUGCUACUGGGAGGUUGAGUGGAGAGGAGAUAGAGGGGUUUAUAUAGCAGUGUCUUAUAAAAGCAUCUCCAGGAAGGGAUCAGGCAAGGAGUGUGUGUUUGGAUGUAAGAAUGAUCAGUCUUGGAAAUUGUUCUGUAAUUCCUUCAGAUACACAUUCAGAUACAAUAACAGAGAAACUGUAAUCUCCGGAGUGCCCGUCUCCUCUAGAGUAGGAGUGUAUGUGGAUCACAGGGCAGGAACUCUGUCCUUCUACAGCAUCUCUGAUACCAUGACCCUCAUCCACAGAGUCCAGACCACCUUCACUCAGCCGCUCUACGCUGGGUUUGAGUUGAGCUUCAACUCAUCAGUAAAUCUUUUACUUUCAGCAAAAUAGAUGAACAUGCAGAACAAAGAGAAGAGCUGGAUGAGAUCAGAUAAGAACUGCAGAAUCUAGACUGUAGAGCUGAUCUACAGUCAGUUAAAUAGUUUAAACCGUUUAUAUCAUUAACAGAGCUCACAGUAACAGAGUUCAUAUUUUAAACUUCAUAUUACAGAAUUUUAUUAAUUUUUAACACAUUAUCAUUUAUUAUAAACUGAAUGAAAGAUCACAAUAAAAUGUUUAAAUUAUUGUACUGUUGUUUUAACCUCAACAUUUUUGUAUUUAAACAAAGAGAGAGGAAAUCUGUGUGUUAAUGCUUUAACUUUAAUUUUACAAUUAAUGUAAUAUCAAAAGGAAAGAACAAAAUAUACACAACAUAUAGUCAAAUAUAAUAGAAAAUAUACAUUUAACUUACUAUACACUACACACAUUAACUUACACUAUGAAACACAGUUUUACAAUAUUGCACUGUUGAUUGUUGCUUAAAUUUAAUAUAUUUAUCAUCGCUGUCACAUAAAAACAUUAUAUCUCCAAAGUAGCAACUUUACAUUUCUAUUUGCCCUUUCAUCAGGAAAUAUUGACACAGUAUGAAGAUAAAGUAUAAACAUAAGAUACAGUAGACAUAAGGUUUUUGUGUUACAGCAGUUUUAAACUAAUUAUUCUAAUAUAUGUGCUUCUAUGUUGAGUUAAUUUAUUUGAG